AUGCCGUUAGGAAGAUCAGCUAAAAUGCUUCAUCAUACAAUGAGGAACCUGGUUUCCUCAUUGAUAGAGAAUGAAUCAGUGAAAACCACAUUUGGAAAAGCAAAGACAGCGCAAGGAAUGAUGGAGAAUUUGAUAUUGAAGACAAAAAGAACGAAGUUACCACAAAAUCAGUUCAAGACUGAACUAUAUGGAAUGUUGUACAAUCAAGAUAGAACAGUUCCAAAGCUAAUGGGAGAGUUGAAAGAGCGUUAUAAGGACAGAAACUCUGGAUUCACGAGGAUUUUAAAGCUUGAACCAAGAAUUGGAGAUAAUUCUCCGCAGGUAAUUCUAGAGUUGGUCGAUAAUGGAGAAAGAGAGAUGAAAUUUUGGUACAUUGCAAAGGUAGUUGCAAGAUUGGAAUUGCAAGGUUCUCCUCUUGAUCCACUAACUGAAAAGAAUGUGAAAGAUAUUCUGCUAUAUAGAAAGGACGGGCAGGCGGAAUUCAGAAAGACGGUAGAAACAUGCAAGAAGGAAUUCUUCAAAGAAGAAGAUGCUCUUGAUAACCUUCCUAGAAUGAAAAGUACUACGAAUGGGUUUCACAGAGCAUUUAGGAAUUUCGAUGUUGUGUCCAGAGUUGAGAAGUCUGAGACAGAUGUGAAAAGGAGUGAACCUGAGAAUAAAGAUUCACAAUGA